GGAGUCCUUAGGACUGAAAAGCGAGUCCUAUGCAUCGAUGUUGCUUCCGAUCCUGAAAAGAGCUUUGCCAGUGGAUCUGUACAUUGGAUUCCAGUUAAAACAAAGAGAAGUGAUCAGUAGACCCUCAGCACAAGAUCAGAAUGUGGUUUUACGUCAAGGAGAUAUACUUAGGCGCUUGAUGAAAUACAUAGAAGAUCAGGUAGAGUGUAGAAAGGAAUUGUCGGCAGAAAAGAGAAAAAGCUACGGCAACAGAACUGAGAGUAAGCAGCAGACAAUAACAAGCAGCAGACAAUAAAAGUACAGCUGCAAAGUUUUACAUAUUUUGCAAGAAUAGUACUCAUUAUACUGAUGACUGUAGGAGAACGAUGCCUUAUGAAGAUAAGAAAAUGAAGCUCAAAGAGGCAAACAGAUGUUUCCGCAGUACCAGGCCUAGCCAUAAUGCAAAAAUAUGUAAGGCAAACAUUAGGUGCAAGAUAUGUCGAAAAUGGCAUGCGACGUCUAUGUGCCGAAGCAAAGAACUGACUGCACAGUGUACAGCAUCUACUCCUGGUGAAACUGAAAAUCAAGAAGAGAAAACAUCUACUUGCCAUUUUAUGAACAUCACAUCAAGUGUUUUUCUGCAGACUGCAGCUGCAUUAGCAGAAGGUAGAAGGCAGUCAUGUUAUUGUCGUGUUCUGCUGGACGUCAAUAAAAGCCUCGAAGAGCAGCAUUCUCAGGAGAAAGCGGCACUCCUCUCUGAGCAGGUGGUACGUACUAAAGAGCUGCUGAGCAAGCAUCGGGAAGAAAUGGAGCAGCUAGAGAAAACGGCGGAGGCAAGGCUAGCUGAGGAGCGGAGACGCAUGACGGAAGAGCUGGACGUCCUUCGUUGCAGUUUCUGGGAAAAGGAGCAGGCUCUUAGCCGGUCUGCCAACGAACAGCAGGCGAAGGCUUCUGCCGAAAUGGCAGAGCUUAUCAACAAACAUGGUGAAGAGGUCCAAAAACUGUCCUCUGCCCUCGAGGAAGAGCAGAAAAAGACAGAGUCACUCCGCAGUGCACUUGAUUCCCUCAAGAAAGAAAGGGACGAAAUCGUAGAGCUUGCAGAGAGCAUCACAAGGGCCAGGUCGGACUCGGCAGUUGACCCAAGCACUGCAAUAAGGCGACUUGCAGAAGAGAAUGCGAAGUCGUGACGAGAGGCGGAAGCGGCACGCACCGAAUAUGAGUCUGUGCUCUGCGAGGGGAAGUCUAGGCUGAAAGAUGAAGUGGAGACUGUUCGUGCCGAGUAUGAGUCUACACUGCAGAAUCUUGAGGAGAAGCUCCGAGGGACCGAAGUCGACCACAGGAGACAUCUGGAGGAACUGCUUGCAAGCCAGAAGCAGUACCAGGAAGAAGUGAAGUUGAAAGAUGAAGAGCUACUUCUACUGAAGCACGAAGUGGAGCAGUACGCUGACACGCUUGGCUCGCAAAGGCUGGAGUACGACCAGGAGUGGGAAAACAUUGAGCGGAGUCUGGAGACCAAGCACGCUGCCGAGAUGGAGUCACUCAAGUCAGAGCACAGGGAAAACGCUGAGGUACUGAGAGAGAGUGCAACGAGAGCUGCUGGUACGCCAUAUUUAUCAACUCACGCUGCAUGGAGGAAUAAGCGUCACAUCAUCGCAGCUUCGAACUAAGUAUUGGAUAAUACAAGGAAGACAGCUGAAGAAGAAAAUUCAUGGAUGUCUAAAGUGCAAACGAUUUAACGCCAGACCACUGCGCCAAGAAACAGCCCCACUCCCUGCUGACAGAGUCAGCUUUGUUGCACCAUAUACAGUGACAACGCAAGGACGUUCAAGAAGGCCAACAGAGACAGCAAUCGUAUGAUUAAAGAACUACAGGAAGAAGUCUCCAAAAGAGCAAGCCAAGGAGAUGAACUCAAAUGGAAGUACAUCACAGAACAAGCUCCUUGGCGGGGAGGCUUUUAUGAAAGGAUGGUACGAAGCACGAAACCAGCAAUGAGGAAUGUUAUUCGAAAAAGACUGUUGUCAAGAGAAGAGAUGCAAACAAUAAGAACUAAAGUUGAAGCUAUCCUUAAUAACAGACCGUUGACCUAUGUACACAGCGAACCGGAUAAGCCAAUACCUGUUGUGCCGGCUGAUAUAAUAGGUGGAAAGCAUAGGAUUAAAGACAUAACCGAAGUAAAAAAAAAGGGCAGCAUAGAAGAAAUGUGGAGAAAUAAGCAAAAAAUCACGAAAGAUUGCUGGAAUAGAUGGAACAGGCAAUAUCUGAAAGAACUUAGAGAGCAGUGUAACGGAAGAAAGCAAGUAAUGACGGUGAACCAAAUAAAUAUAGUUUUGAUCGGCGCACGCACUCCUAGAUCCUUCUGGAACCUUGCUAAGGUCAUUGAAGUAUAUUCUGGAGUCGACGCGAAGACGCGCUUCUGUCUCUUAAAAACGAAAAGAAGACUUGUUCGGAGACCAGUACAACAGCUUUACACACUUGAAGGCUGCUUCCAAUGAUGAGAUGAAAGCUUUUCGCGGCCGGAAGCUGUUGAAACUCAUGGGAGCGGACAAGAAGAGAAAGAAGACGGCCGGCUCCAGAGGCGCGCGCGCUACAGAAAAAUAAAGGAAAAAGAAGAAUCUUUGAUUUCGUUCGCAUCGAACGCAGCUGUCUCGUCUCGUUUCUGCGACAACGUUCUCAGCUAUUGUAUGCUUAUUCUGCUCCUGUCAAG